AUAGGAAAUACAUCACCAAAAACCAGAAAUUUCCGAAAAUCUGUGAAAAAACGAACCAAAAUAAAAUAAAUAACCAAACAAAUAAUUGGGUAAAUAGAGAGAGGUACUGGUCAAAUUCAAUCCUCUCCCUCCAUUCUUCUUGUUCCUCCUCUCCCAUUUUCUCUCUCUAGCAGACUCUCUCCCUAUAUCGGGAUCUCAUCCAAGGAGGCGCUGAUCCUCCUUCCGCCGCCGCCCCCAGACCAGAUCGCCGGCGUUUCCAAGAUGAUCACGAUCCCCUAUCUCACCGCCCUGACCACCUACUUCAGCUAUGGCCUCCUCUUUGCAUUCGGCCAGCUGCGCGACUUUUUCCGCAAGAUUGUAGACUGGUGGGCCCACAGCAACCUUCAGGGCUAUGCGCCGAUCUGUUUGGGGCUGGAGGAUUUCUACAUUCGGAGAUUGUAUCUGCGAAUUCAGGAUUGCUUUAAUAGACCAAUAGCAAGCCCGCCUGAUUCUUGGUUUGAUUUGGUGGAGCGCGUCUCCAAUGACAAUAACAAAACAUUAAAACGAACCACCAAGGUGAAAAGGUGCCUCAACUUAGGAUCAUAUAACUAUCUAGGGUUUGCAUCAGCAGAUGAGUAUUGCACUCCUCGUGUAAUUGAGUCCUUGAAGAAAUUUUCUCCAAGCACGUGCAGUACUCGGAUUGAUGGAGGAACAACUACAUUGCACACCGAGUUGGAGGAGUGCGUAGCAAACUUCAUAGGAAAGGAGGCUGCAGUAGUUUUUGGCAUGGGUUAUGCAACAAAUUCUGCCAUUCUUCCUGUAUUGACGGGGAAGGGAAGUUUAAUUAUCAGCGAUUCUCUCAACCAUAACUCCAUAGUUAAUGGCGCUCGAGGAUCUGGAGCCACUGUUAGAGUGUUUCAGCAUAAUACACCGUCCCAUUUGGAGAAGGUUCUGAAGGAUCAAAUUGCUGAGGGGCAGCCCAGAACGCACAGACCUUGGAAAAAGAUAUUGGUGGUGGUGGAGGGAAUCUAUAGUAUGGAAGGAGAACUUUGCAAGCUGCCCGAAAUUGUUUCGAUAUGCAAGAAAUACAAGGCAUACAUUUAUCUAGAUGAGGCCCAUAGCAUUGGAGCUCUUGGAAAAACUGGAAGAGGUGUCUGUGAGCUCUUAGGUGUUGAUACCGCAGAUGUGGAUAUUAUGAUGGGAACUUUCACUAAAUCAUUUGGGUCAUGCGGUGGCUAUAUUGCUGGAUCUAAGGAACUUAUUGAAUACUUAAAGUACAGUUGUCCUGCUCAUCUCUAUGCCACGUCAAUAUCCCCACCUGCUGCGCAGCAAAUUAUAUCUUCCAUUAAGGUUGUUCUUGGAGAAGACGGUUCUUGCAGAGGUGCUCAAAAGCUAGCUAAAAUCCGGGAAAACAGCAAUUUCUUCAGGUCCGAGUUGCAGAAGAUGGGUUUUGAAGUUCUGGGCGACAAUGAUUCCCCUGUCAUGCCGGUUAUGCUCUAUAAUCCGGCAAAAAUCCCUGCUUUUUCACGUGAAUGCCUGAAGAGAAAUUUGGCUGUGGUGACUGUUGCUUUUCCUGCCACCCCUUUGCUGUUGGCACGUGCCCGUAUUUGCAUCUCGGCUGCUCAUUCGAGGGAAGACCUUCUUCGAGCUUUAGAGAUUAUUAGUGAGGUUGGAGACAUGGUAGGCAUAAAGUACUUUCCUGCCGAGCCAAACAAGCAGCAGCUAGAGGCAGACAGAGUCAAGCUGGAAUAGAGAUGAGUUCUUGGUUUUAUUGAAGUUGUCGAGUUUCCUAAAGUAGGUUAAGAAUUAGCAUGUUCGUAAUAUUUUUCAUCUCAGUGGUGACCUGAAAUUUUGCUUUUGUACAUAAGCUUGUAAGUUGUUUCUCUUGCAGAGUGAUAAGUUGGUAAAGUUGUGUUCGUUUCUUGUUUGAAUGUUGGUUUUUUGUUAAUUUCACACCAAUGGGAACAUAUUUAUUGCAGUCUGUGAAUUACUUUGUGUGCAACUGUAAAAAAUGAAGCUCUGGGGACUUGUUUUGCAACACCUGUGAAAGAGUCAUAUUAGGACGUGAAAUGACUUCGUAAUCAAAUAUGUAAACACUCAACCACAAAG